AUGACGCUUAUUUCCCAGCCAAGUCCAUCCAGCUACAUUCGUUCCGAACAUAAUGUGGCCGGCAACAUGGAAGAUAGGAUUGUCUCGAGGGGUAAAGCAUAUAAAAUGAAGGAAGGCUGGACUGGUUCUUCUUCCUUGUUAUGGAGUGCCGAGAAAGUGCCACGAAUUUCGCAUUUGGAUGGUUUGAGGGGCAAACGUAGAUAUCGGACAAUUGUUGCUGCAAGCCCCCCUACAGAUGUUGCUGUAAUUGUUACAGAACCGUUGACUAAAAAGGACCUUGUAGGAUACCUUGCAUCUGGUUGUAAGGCGAAGGAGAAUUGGAGGAUAGGUACAGAACAAGAAAAUUUUGGUUUUGAGAUUGGAACUUUACAUCCUAUAAAAUAUGAACAAAUAAAGGACUUGCUCAAUGGUCUUGCUGAGAGAUUUGACUGGGAUAAAAUAAUGGAAGGAGACAACAUUAUUGGACUUAAGCAGGGAAGGUAUGAGAUUAUGAGGAAAUACAUGCCCAAAGUUGGCUCUCUGGGAUUUGAUGUGAUGUUUAGGACAUGUACUGUUCAG